CUUCAUCAACACACAAAAAUAACUGCCUUUGCUUUUAAAAAAUUCCAAUAUUAUUUUUAUUUAUUAUCGAAUUUAUUAAGUAUGAAUUCCGCUAGCAGAUUCAACCCACCCAGUGCCAAAAAGCUGAGAAGAGAAAAAACAACGUUAUCGAGCCAUUCGUCAGAGUCUGAUGGUGAACAAAGUAACAAGGACCCGGUUCACGUUUACUGCAGGAUCAGGCCGUUAAAAGAGGGCUCGGAGCCGACAACUUGCCUCAAAAUCCUUUCCGCCGAUACUCUGGCCCUCAACACGCCAGAUAGCAGAAACACACGCAAAGAAAUCCACUACAAGUUCAAGCACAUCUUUACGGCAUUUUCGCCCCAAGCUGAACUAUUUGCUCAUGUAGCUUACCCCCUUUUAGAAGAUUUGUUGCAUGGGAAGAAUGGCUUGCUGUUCACUUAUGGAGUUACCGGUUCUGGUAAAACUUACACUCUUACCGGAGAUCAAAACGAUCCGGGCAUUAUGCCCAGAUGUAUUGAUACGAUAUUUAAUUCCAUUGCUGAUUAUCAGGCACCGAAAUGCGUUAUUAAGUCGGAUAGGAUGAAUGGCUUCGAAAUUCAGACUGAAGAUGAUGCUAUGCAUGAUCGGUUGCAAGCUGUGAAGAGUUGUUUUACUAAGACCCCGAAAACUCCAAGGAAAGGAAACGGUGACAAAAUCUCCUACUCGAACGAUGGCACAAGAAUCCAAUGCAUCAACGAAAACAACCUCUAUUCCGUAUUCAUCAGCUACGUAGAAAUCUACAAUAACAGCGUCUUUGACUUACUAGACGAAUCUUCUGGAAAAACUCUACAAAACAAAAUUCUACGCGAAGAUUGCCACAAGAAUAUGUACGUUAAUGGAGUAGUAGAAAUAGAGGUGAAAAGUGCUCAAGAAGCUUAUGAAGUCUUCAACGCUGGCCAAACUCGCAAACGAAUGGCUUCGACAUCUCUAAACUCUGGUUCAAGCAGGAGCCAUUCCAUUUUCAACAUUAGAGUUGUUCAAUUGGAAAGAUAUGCCACCAACAGUCACGGUCAACCGAUGAUACCCAAUGAAAACAUGAUAAAAGUUGGCCAAUUGAGUCUUGUAGAUUUGGCCGGCUCCGAACGUACCAACAGAACUAACAAUACAGGAAUGAGACUCAAAGAAGCGAGCAGUAUCAACAAUUCUUUGAUGUCUUUGAGGUCUUGUUUGGAGAUUUUGAGGGAAAAUCAAAUGAAUAAGGGAAACAGGCUGGUGCCUUAUCGUGACAGUAGAUUGACCUUCAUAUUCAAGCAUUAUUUUGAAGGAGAUGGUACUGUUAAAAUGGUUGUAUGCGUUAAUCCUUCCUUAGAGGACUUUGAAGAAAAUAUUCAAGUAUUAAAGUUUGCCGAAAUGACUCAGGACGUGAAAAUUGCAAAGGCCGAAGUCAAAUACACUCCUAUUAAAAAAACUAUUAGCAGAAACAAAGAAAAUCAAACCCCAGCCAAAUCCGUUACUAAAUCAGCAUCAUCAUUUACAUUAUUGCCAGAUGUGCCAAUAGUGAAACUCAAUUUGGAUGCUACAGAUGAAUGCCGGUCAGCUAUUGACAAAGUCAUAAAAGUACUUAAACUGCGCGCAGCUAAAUCCAAACAUUUAGACAAGGAUAUUGAUGAGAGGCAACAGGAGUUGCGGAAAAAGUUGGUUACAUUGAAUCAGCAAUGUGUGCUGACUAGUGCCGAAAUGAAGAGUUUGAAAACGAUGAUACAUAAGGAAAAACAAAAAUCGCGCAACUUACAUCUGAAAAUGACAGACAUUGAAUCUGCCAAUCAAGAUUUGCAAGGCAAAAACGAAGAGCUUGUAGAUAUUGUAAGGUCCUUAAAGAACACUGUCAACGAAAAGGACUUGAAGAUUAACCAUUACAUUUUGGAAAAGGAUAGGACAAAGCAGAAACUUGUGUUGGAAAACGAAAAAAAGAACCAAGAGCUGGACGCCAAAUUGAGACGUCAACGAGCCCACCUGAACGCAGCGAUGAAAGCCAAAGAUGAAAAGUUGAGAAUGGUCAAGGGAAUAAUCGACGCUGAAAUGCCGCCAGUAGAAAUGAAUACUAUUGAUUUGGAUUUGGCCGAUCCGGUAAAAUCCAGGGACUCGCAAAUUACUCAGACACCGCAAAGUUUUUCGCAAUCGCACGUUUAUAGAAGGAAUUUGACUCCGGGCCCUGCAACAAAAUCGAGAAGAUCUAGAUCAGCUGGUGAAGUCUGGUUGGAACACAAUGUAAUCAAACCGUGUCCUUUGGGUACGGUUAUGCAACCGUCAAUGAAAAAACGUAAAUCGGUCUCGAAAUUAGACAAAGCUAGUGACAUUACGAACCCGAAGCAAAGCAAAUAUUGCUUGGUGGCUCAAGAACCCGACACCGAUGGAGAAAUUGAAACUAAACUUUACAAAGCCGACAUUGUACCGACUUGUGGAGGCGGAGCUCAAGUGAUUUUUAAUGAUGUGGAAAGGUUGCGACAGGAAUCGCCUACCAAAAGUCCAUAAUACCGUUAUUUUUUUCAUGGAAUUAAUUUUUUGUUUUUAAUUAAGAAUUACUUACUUUAAAUUAUUUUUAGUAGAUUCAUUUGUAUACAUUUUAGUUUUAGUUUGUUUUACCCUUGGUCGUACUUAAAAUAUAUUAUAUAAUAUUCUA